UUUGCAGGCUGAAUGUAUAGACGAGAAAGAAGACGAAAACGUGUUGAUAUACCUAGAUUAUCCACUAACAUUGAGUGUAAAGAGAAACAAUGGGGUCGCUGACAAGAACAUACUAUUAUUUUUGUUUGGUAACGUGUUUCUACCGGUCAGAAACCCAAAACCGUAUAAACUAUGAACUCGGAAAGAAGCUACCAGUUACCCCGUUAACGAUUUUAAAGGACUUAGGGUUUCAGAUGUGUCUCAAGGAAUGUGAAGCAUACUCCAAGUGUGUGUCAAUCAACUACCACCUUCAGCAUUUUUUCUGUGAAUUGAACAGCGUCAGGAAGGACUCCCUUCGUCCUUUGGUCAACGACCAAUAUUAUGCUUACCACGAAAUACCACACCCGGCUAACAAGACCUGUGGAAGGUUCUCCUGUAAGUCUCCCUCCAAAUGUGUGAAAACGUCCUUCGGCCAGUUUGUGUGUGUUCCUGUUGAUUGUAAUACACGAUGGCGCUCCUACGGAGGAAGAAGCUAUUGUUUUAACAAUAAAAGACAUAACUGGCAAAAUGCCAAGGAAAAUUGUAAUCAGAUGGAUGCCCAUCUGGUAGAGAUCGAAAGUGCUGAGGAAAACCAAUGGAUAAUUUCUAUGAUGCAUGAAAUAAACUCUUAUAACUACCACUGGAUAGGUUUGACCGAUUUGAAUUCUGAAGGCGUUUGGCUCUGGAACCACUCUCGCACCAAAAAUAGUCUGUGGGGGAAUAUCUUUUAUAUACAUGACAAAAAUUAUUAUCCAGAGUUUGAAUGUGUUAUGAUAUGUUCAAAUACCUGGUAUAACUAUCCAUGUUCCGAUACAUAUUACUUUAUAUGUGAAAAGUAGAAGACAAUAAGAAAAUUUUACCUGGGGUUAUACUAGUAAAACUUUUCUCAUACUCGUACUCCGUACUCCGAGUAUGUGCCCAUUGAGUACGACUUUCUUUAAAUUCAAGGAUAUGAAAAGUUUUGAGGACCUUCUCCGCUGACUACUCCAAGGUCAAGGUCAAGGUCAUAUCAUAUGAAACAAAAUGUAUUUUCUUAAGAGCAUAAUUAUAUUUAUUCUUUACUGUGCCCUUGUAGGCUUAUACCUUACUUAAACAGAGCUUUUGGUUAAAGGGGUGAAGUGACCAUGAACGAAGUCAAUGUGAUGUUCAUAGCAGAUCUCUUUAGUUUUUUCAGUUUUAGACAUAAAUUAUUUCCCAUUUGGUUAAUCUGUUCAGAUUGAACAAACAUGCCUGUAUGUAAAGGAUAAUGAGACUGAAUUAAAAGUUCUAUGCCAGCUGGAAAAUUUCAAAGUUAUACGUCAAGGUCAAAGCAAAAUUCUCUGAAAAUCUUUAAUCCCAUUAUUCACUAUUUAAGUGGGGCACUUUGAGAUGGUUGCCAUCUCAAUGUUGUCUAGCUAUUAUAUCAAAUUCUACAGCAAAAACAAGCUGCGAAUUACCAGAAUCAUUUUCGUACACCGAUAUUAAUAUUGGUAGAUGGUUCGGGGAGAGGAGGGGCGGUGGGGGGCACCUUCUGUCAGAAAACAAACUUUAUAGAAGUUUUGGUCUCUAAUAAAAAAGAACGCAUCUAAAACUCUGCAACUGUCAUAUAGAAAGCCAAGAAGUGUACGUCAAAAUUUGAAAAAUUGCUACAACAAAUUCCCAAAAAUUUGCGAUUUUUUAUUACAUUUAAAUAAAAUGCCCUUUAUCAUGCUUUUUUAUUACUUAUUGAUGAUUCUUGAUUAGUUUCUAUAUUUCCAGGUAAUAUUACUUUUUGUUAAUUUUCAGAAUAUUUUUAGACUGUGUGAUAUUUAAAAAAAAAAUUAACCGAACCAAAUUUAUUCUAAAUUAUUAUAUUUUAAAACAUUUUUGACACUGUAUAGAGAAAGAACAUAUAUUAAAAACAAAUAUUUUCGACAGGCAAUAGCUGUUGUAGGAAAAUGAAUAAGUAUUUAUGGAAUUAAAAAAAAUUCCAAUAUAUGUAUCACUGAAAGAAGGGUUUCAACCAAACCCUCCAACACACACCAACUUCCUUUGAAAUAUUUAAGACAGCCUCUUAUUCUAUAAAAUUUUUCCCCUUUCCAAGGUUUGUGGCACAACAUAAAAAAUAAAAGAUGAAUUCAAUAGUAUAAAGCAAUAGAAAGUUUUAUACAAUUAUUUGCAUCCUUCAUCAUUUGUAAUGGUUAUAGCUGUCUUUUCUGACAUAUAUUAUUUUUUAAAUUAUAUCUACAAUAAAUUUAUAUUGCAGAUAUUAUUUUUAAAUAAAAUGUCAGAAAGGAGAUAGUUUCUAAGUCUAAGAAGGUACCCCACAAAUGCCUCUGAAUACUACAACAAAUAAAAAUGCAUUGAUGUCGUGACGUUAAAUGAUGGAGAUUAUGGGUCGUAUUUGACUCAAAACAACUGAUUUUUUAGGAAGUCGAGCUAUUACAAUGAAAUUAUUGUGUGCGUAAAGUUAUAUGCAUUAAUUAAUGAAGCGAAAUAUCUCGAAGUUAUUUUGAUAAUUUUGGUUGCCGCUCUCUCUUACUCUGAAAUUCACUCCCAUAAAUAUAGAUAUUUCUUUGGGUAAAUUGGUAAAAACUUUCCAUUUUAAUUUAUAUACAUGUAAUUAUGAUGAAAUUAUAGCUUAAUUAGUACACAACAGCAUUACAAUAUGUAACAAAUAUGCUUGCACUUCGUUUUAUUUAGAUUAAUCGUUUUGAGUAUGACUUUGAGAAAGGUACAUAUCUUACUUAAAAAAUUGCAGUUUUGUACUCAGCCGGAGUACGAGUAUGAUAAAGUUUCAUAACUUCGAUACCUUGAGUACGAUUUGGAGCACGGAGUACGAUUUGGAGUAUAAGAUCGUACUCAGAAAAGUUUUAUAACCCCAGGGCGACGUGUCGAUGAAAAUUCAGAAAGUGAUGAAAACAACAACUUUGGACAGACUAUAGUUUUGAGACUCAAGUUAAUAUAUUUGUUUCACUUAAUCUCUGAGUGCAAAAAAAUAUUUCGGGUUGGUUGCUCGAUCGAUCAUUACAAUGAUAGUACUAUCCUCGUCGUACAUUCACUGCAUUGACCUGAGAUAGCAUUAGAUAUAUGUGUGUAAUAUAAAUAUUAUGACAAAAAUG